CCGUCCUUACUGUCGGUAGUGAGCCUUACGCUAGGCAGCCAUGAUCCUCAUCGUCCUGCUUACCCUUGGCUUCGCGCCGAUGGUCGCCGGCCAACCCUGGCAGAUCUACGGCACCACCGGCAAUUACACGGCCAACAGCACAUACCAAUCCAACAUCGAGUCCCUACAGGACAUCCUCGAUCCUGGCGGCUCCAUCAGCCUAUUCGACAAAGGAUCCCGGGGCGACGUCCCGGACGAAGUCUACACCCUCGUGUUCUGCCGCAGCGACGUGAACGACUCCGCCUGCCGCGCCUGCGUCGCCGACGCGUUCAAGGGCGCGCGGCAGCUGUGCGGGCUCAGCAGGGACGCGACCGUCUUCUACGACAUGUGCCUCCUCAGCUACUCCAACGAGGACAUCCUUGGCACGGACCUCAAUAACCGUUUCAAUGCUUCGGAAAAUGCUUCGGCAGUAGUUGCUGGUCCGCUCAUCCUGAUGAACAUCACCACGGAGCCCAUGUUUCCCGGUUGGGACACCCACGAUCGAGUCCAGGCGGCAAUCAUCGACGAAGUCAAGCAGCUGCUGAACGAAACAAUACAGCAAAUGUUCACCUCCACGAGGCAGUACUAUGCCGCAACCCGCAAGGUCACAGAUCAUGGAAACGUCACCUUUCCGGCGCUCUACUCCAUGGCGCAGUGCACGCCGGACUUGGUAGAGGAUCUCUGCUAUGCCUGCCUCAAGAAUUUCAUCGGCUUGGCGACGGCGAAUUUCGCCGGGCGGCAAGGAGGACGGAUUCUUGGCCUGCGGUGUAAUUUGAGGUACGAUACAUAUCAGUUCUACGGCGGUGAGCCCACGUCGACGACCUCUGGGUCGUUGAAUUCUGUUGUUCCAAGUCCAGCACCGCCGAUUGUUGUGCCCACGCAGAAAUACAAGAAGCCCAUGAACAAAGUUUUGGUCAUUGCCUUGGUUGCCCCACUACUUGCAUUGUUUAUCUGCGUCAUCGUUUCCUUCAGAUUCAUGAGAAGGCACAUAAAAGGUAAGGCUAAGAUGAAUGUGCAUGAAGGUGAAGAACUAAUUUGGGGACUAGAAGGAAGGAGUUCAGAAUUCAUGAUUUAUGACUUUUCACAAGUAUUAGAGGCUACAGGUAAUUUCUCGGAAGAAAACAAACUUGGGCAAGGAGGCUUUGGUCCUGUAUACAAGGGCCGAUUUCCUGAUGGUUUGGAGAUAGCAGUUAAGAGACUUGCCUCACAUUCAGGGCAAGGCUUCACAGAGUUUAAUGACUUGCAUUCCUGACUACAAGAUUUAAGAACGGAGGGGUUUG